UUGCCAGUCUUUUCCCUAAGCUUUACCCGCGAAGAUCAAUACACAACUCUAACUCUCUCUUUUUCUUUUGUAACUACACAAAUCUAACUCAAGAAAAUUAAAAAAAAAAAUCGAAGUAUUCUCUCAGAUGAAUGACGAUUCUCUAGGAAUGUUUCUAUAUUAAACUCCCAUCUUUCAUUUUGAUCUUGUUUUUAAGUUCUUAAUUUCCUGUUUCUUGAUCUGUUUUUGUUUUCUUUUCAAAACGAUGGGACUUUGCCUCUGUUUGUUAGCAACUCCAGCGACAUUGUUGUGGACAACGAGUUUCUUCCGCCACAAAUUCUUGAUUUUCUAACGCAUUGUUUCGUCACAUAAUCCCACUUAGAUUCACAUUUUAGGUUUUUCAUUUCUUCUUGUAUUUUACUUUAAAGUUUAAACAUCUCAAUGGAUCCAAAACACGAUCAAGAAUCAAGAUCGGCUCCAACAGGUGCAAUCAAUAAUCAACCGGCUGAGAAAAAGCGUCGUCUAACGUUUGAACAAGUGAAUAUGUUGGAGAAGAGUUUUGAAGAAGACAACAAACUGGAACCAGAGAGAAAGACUGAGCUAGCUAAAGUGCUUGGAUUGCCUAAACGACAAGUUGCUGUUUGGUUUCAGAAUCGAAAAGCUCGGAGCAAGGUCAAGCAGAUCGAAAGAGAUUAUGAUGUUCUCAAGGCUUGUUAUGAUUCCCUACUGGCUAAACAUGAAUCAGUCAUCUCAGAGAAUGAGAAACUCAGAUCUAAAGUCUUAACUUUGACUAAGAUGCUUCCUCCUGCAACAAACCAAACCCAAAGAAACUUUCAAGUCAAGCUUAACUCUAAAGGCGAUGAUGAAACUAUAAGCUCUUCCGCUGCUUUAGUUCCAUUGGCAAAUGACCAUUACUUUACCAACGUUGAUGAAACAUUCGGCUGGUGGGUUUGGCCAUCGAAUCUUAUGUAAAAAUCUGAUGAUCCAGGACCGAUUUAGAGAGAGAGAGAGAGAGAGAGAGAGAGAGAGAGAGAGAGAGAGAGAGAGAGAGAGAGAGAGAGAGAGAGAGAGAGAGAGAGAGAGAAGAGAGAGAGAGAGAGAGAGAGAGAGAGAGAGAGAGAGAGAGAGAGAGAGAGAGAGAGAGAGAAUUCCAAGCUUCUGUUCUAAACAUGGGCAAAGGUUGAAUAGACUAAAAGACAUAGUGUUGACAUAUGAGAAAUAAGAAUGUUUCCAAAGCUAUUACAAUCACUAUUUUAUCUUAUUAUAUAAAGCUUAGUUCUUCAAAA